AUGAUCGACUACUACCACUGUUACACAAAAAAAAAGAGCGAUGUCGGGCUACCGUGCGGGUUCACCAAGUCAAAGAGCCAAGUGGUGGGGCGAAUUGAGCCAAACGGAGAGUUGCAAAAUAAAUACAUGUUCAAGGAAAAUAUAUACUACAGUGAUGAAAACGUAAAAAAACAAAGUGAGUGUUAUGUAAAUAUAGAAAGCGUUAAGUUACAAAACAAAUUUUUUUAUCACAAUGAAGGAGGAUGGACAAAAGAUAUAGAUCUGAGUGAUCAACAAAAUAAAAUAAAAUAUGUUAAAAGAUUAGACAAAGACAUAAAUACAAUUAACAGCGUAAAAAUAUUAAUGAAUGAAACGACGAGAAUUAUUAACAAAAAUAAUAGCAUAGCUAUUUACAAAGAAUAUUUCCAAGAUGAAAAAGAGACUGAAGAGGAGUUCAAAAUAAAGUCGAUGAUAAUUAUUAAAGACAAAAUUAGAAAAUACUCGAGGUAUGUUACUUCCAUCAAAUGGUCAACAGAUAAUACACAAAGACUAGCCAUCUCAUAUUGUGUUAAUAAUUAUAAAAAAAUUUUAAAUGACUCACCAAAAAAUUGUUUAUUAUAUAAUUUAAAUGAAAUUAAUAAUCCGUAUCAAAUUUUAUAUUCAAAAACGUUUAUAAAAUGUUUAAGGUUUAAUCACAAGAAUUCAGAUCUCCUACUUGCUGGGUCCUAUGAUGGGACUGUGAAUCUGUGGGACCUACGCAAGAAAAAUAACUUAUGUGAAUCUUCUUCCAAUCAUGCUAGUCACAAAAAUGUUGUGCAGGAUGUUAUUUGGUUACAGACGAAAACGAACAACCACUGCCUCUCUAUAUCCAAUGAUGGGCUCUGCUUAUUGUGGGACAUACGAAAUUUUAAUGAUCACAUUGAGUCCUUUUCCUUGCACAAGGACAGGGGAGAAGUUUGCCACCUCGUGGAGACUUCCAAUUUGGACGUCUCUUCAUUGAAGAAUUCUCAGGGGGGGGUAGACAUGAGCCAGUUCGUCACUCACGGGGAUAGCAACCCUACUGGGGUGGUAGCGGCCACUGGGGUGACUAAUCAAGCGUUGCACGCCACCGCUACAGACACGGGUGAUGGUGGUGGAGGCGGCGAAGACCCAAUCGCGCUCCCCACCGCCAACCUCUGCUACAGCGCCAACUGCCUCGAAUGGAACUUGGAGGCGGGUCCUUCCAAAAUACUGGUGGGCACAGACGAAGGAUACGUCCUCUCCCUCUCUAAGAGACAAGCAAAAAAUUUAGAGCUGCUACAAAAGUAUGGAGCCUCAAACGAAAAACAUUUGUCUAGCAUUACCAGCAUCAAACGCAUCCCAAUCAAUUUGAAGUAUUUCUUAUCUACCGACAAGUGGGGUUUUAACAUCUGGUCAGAAGACAUUAAAUUUCCUAUAAUCUCGAAUUACUACGACGAGUGUGUUAUUAACAAAGGUCUGUGGAUUAGCGACUCUUCCUUUUUCAUUUUAGCAAGGAAGGACGGCUACCUCGACUUUUGGAACCUACUUUAUAAUUUCAAUGAACCCAUUAUUAAACACAAAGUCUGUAAUUCUUCCAUCAUAGAAAUAGAUGCACAUGUCAAUAAUAAAUAUAUUGCUGUUGGUAAUGAGCAAGGAGAUACUCACAUUUUAAAGUUGGGAUGCUCCUUUUGCAGAAACACCAGUGAGGAGAAGAGCUCACUCGAUCAACUGUUCGAGAGGGAGUCCAAGAGGGAAAAGAAUUUGGAGUACAUCCGGAAGCAGCUCAAUUGUUUUAGGAAGAAACGAGAAUGCCUGAACAUGCAGGACGUGUGUAUAUCCUACGACGUGGUGCAGGAGACGCAGCGCGAGUACGAGUCUGUGUUGUGA